UAUUGCCUCUUUCCUUUCUCUAAAAUCUUCAAGUUUACAUCUGUUGCUGUUGUUGCUGCUGUUGGUUUUCUUCUAAGCCAGACAGACAGACAGACAUGUUAGCCACCAUCAUCAUCAUCAUCUUCCUUGUUGUGUCCUCAUCAGGCCCUUCUCCUCCUCCUCAAGCAUAUGCUGCUCUUAACUUCAGCUUCCCCUCCAUUGGGACAACCCAAGGUGGAUCCUUUAUUUUCACCAGAGAAGCUUAUGUCACAACCGAUGGAAUUCAACUCACUCCAAAUGAGCGCAAUCGUGUGCGGACCGAACAAGCUGGUCAGGCCACUUAUCCUGAACCAUUCCAUCUCUGGGACAAGGCCACCGGAGAGCUAGCCAGCUUUGAAACAAAUUUCUCAUUUGUCAUUAAUUCCAUGGGGGCCAACAAUUACGGUGAUGGACUCGCCUUCUUCCUCGUUCCCAACGCCUCAGUCUUACCAGAUGCAAUCGGAGGCGGCUUUGGACUGACCAACAUGUCUAACAUCUCAAACCUCAACUUCGUGGCUGUAGAAUUUGAUACUUAUUACAACAGUCAAUGGGAUCCGCCGGUGGCUACUACUACUCACGUGGGCAUAGACCACAAUUCUGUGAGCUCUGCCAACUAUUCCAUAUGGGGUAGUGCUAUAAGGAUGGGGAGACCAAUGAAUGCUUGGAUUUCCUAUCAUAAUGUCUUACAACGUUUAACCGUUGUCUUCAGUAACUAUUCCACUGAUAAUUUGUCGGUUCCUGAUUCAAACGCUACUCUUGUUUACAAUGUGGACUUGAGGAAUUGGUUGCCCGAGUGGGUUAGUUUUGGCUUCACUGCCUCUACCGGAAUCAACUUUGAGCAAAAUACUAUUAAAUCUUGGUCUUUCAAUUCAACAGAUAUUCCAGGAACCUCCCCAACAACCCAAAAUGAUCAACCUCCUCCUCCUCCUCCUCCUCCUCCUCCUCCUGUAAUUAAAGACAACAAGAAUAAAAUCAUUCGUAUAAGUCUGGCCGUUGGAUCAUCUGCUCUUGUAAUUAUAAUAAUCAUCUUAGCUUGGAUAGUAGUUAUGCGGAGGAGGAGGAGGAGGAGGAGGAAGAAGAAAAGGACAACUACUAAAGAAGAAGAAGAAGAAGAAGAGAUUGUUGCAAUGAAAGAUUUCAGUAUCAUCGACGAUGUCGACUUGGAUAGGGGAAAUGGGCCGAGGAGAUUUUCGUACGAUGAAUUGUGUGUGGCAACGAACAACUUCUCCGAGGAACAGAAACUAGGCGAGGGAGGAUUCGGGAGCGUGUACAGAGGGUUGUUGAAGAAUGAUCAAGGCACCCAUAUUGAUAUGGCUGUAAAGAAAGUGUCUGCAAAUUCAAAACAGGGAGUUAAAGAAUACUUAUCUGAAGUAAGGAUCAUUAGCAAACUAAGGCAUAGAAACUUGGUUCAACUUCUGGGUUGGUGUCACGAAAAGAGAGAGCUUCUUCUAGUAUAUGAGUUCCUAUCAAACGGUAGCUUAGAUCAACACAUCUAUUAUAACAACAGCAGGAGCUCUCACCUACUCGAUUGGGCCACCAGAAUGAGCAUCGCUCGUGGGUUAGCAUCCGCCUUGCUCUACCUGCACGAGGAAUGGGAACAAUGCGUAGUACAUAGAGACGUUAAGUCAAGCAACGUGAUGUUAGAUUCAAGUUUCAACCCAAAAUUAGGCGAUUUUGGACUUGCUCGAUUUGUAGACCAUGGGAAAGGGUCUCAAACAACGGUACCUGCAGGGACAUUAGGUUACAUGGCACCAGAAUGCUACACCACAGGACAAGCUAACAAGGAGUCUGAUGUAUUUAGUUUUGGGAUCGUGGCGCUGGAAAUAGCGACAGGGAGGAAACCCAUUGACCACAAAUGUGCUGUUGUUAGAUUGGUGGAGUGGGUUUGGGGACUCUACGGUUCAGGGGAAUUGCUGACGGGUGUUGAUCCGAAAUUGUCGUCUGAUUUCAUUGAGAGUCAGAUGGUGAGAUUGAUGGUUGUUGGGUUAUGGUGCGCCCAUCCGGAUUGUGAUCUACGUCCUUCUAUCAGACAAGCGAUGCUCGUUUUGAAUUUUGAAGCUCCGAUGCCGGUGCUCCCCACAAAGAUGCCGGUGCCCAUGUAUUCUCCUCCUCCUCCUCCUCUUCCUUUAGAAAAUGCUGUCUCUAUUUCAAAUUCUUCUUCUUCUUAUCCAAACAAUAUUGAUAUUGAAGCUGCUGCUGCAUUUAGAUCAUAUAAGAUAUUGGUAUUAAACUAG